AUGUCAAGCAAAAAAUAUCCCAUGAUGCUAUCCGAUUUGGAUGAUAUUCCGCCACUGAAGUUCGCUAAUUAUGAGUUGAUUUUCGAGUCGGAAUUGACUGAUUUCUCGCGAGAUGUGGCGCUCAAGGAACUCCGCGAGACGGAGACUGUUUGCAAGGAUGCCGUUUGGCAGCUGCGGAAGCUUCUGGAUGCCGAGGAAGAUCUCGUGACGCCACUCCACAAUGAACACUGGCUCAUAAAAUUCCUCAGGCCGUGCAAAUUUUACCCGGAGAGUGCGAGAAAUCUCAUUAAGCGGUACUAUGAGUUCAAGGAAAAACAUUCCAAUAUCUACGACGGACUUUUACCUUCGCAACUUUCAAGUGCAUUCCAAGAAGACAUGAUAAAAGUCGUGCCUAAACGCGAUCACAGAAGAAGGCGCAUUCUCAUCAUUGAAGCGGGAAAACCGUGGAACACCAAAAGGGUGACACCGCAGGACUUGCUGAAAAUGUGCAUUAUGCUCGUGGAGGCGGCGAUUCAGGAGCCCGACACUCAAGUCAAUGGAGCCGUGAUCAUCUUCGAUCUGGCGGGAUUUUCAGUGUCGCAAGCAAGAGUAAUAACACCGACGUUCAUAAAGAUAAUCGCCACUUGGAUUCAGGAAUCCAUACCUGUCAGAAUCAAGGCUUUCCACAUCGUCCAUGAAACUUUUAUAAUCGAUGUGCUGUACAAAAUGGUUAAGCCAUUCCUCAAGCAAAAACUCAGAGAUCGCAUACAUUUCCAUGGCAAAAACUAUUCCACUCUUCACCAGCACAUCCCGCCAGAGUACCUCUUCACCACUCACGGGGGCGUCAUAGAGCCGCCGAAUUGCGCCAAUCAAGCGGAGAUGUUCGAUGCUUAUGCGAAAUUCUUGGGGAUAUUCGACGAAGAAUAUCGCACAAUUAGUUCUUAUGGAUAUAAGAGGAAGUAGUGAUUGUUCUAGAAAGGGAAUUUAUUUAUAACACCCGAUCAAAUCCAUGUGCCUUUGAAUAGCUGUAAUCGGUGGAAUACAAAAGAUUGUUUCCCGCAAUCUCAAGUUACAUGUAUUAUUUAAUAGGAAUAGGACUUUGAGAAUACAUGACAAAACAUAUUAGAUUUUGGAGUAAUCAGUUGUAUUUAUUAAAAAUCUGUCUUAAAAA